CGCGAAUCCACAGAUACUUGUUGCGGGUUCGAACUUGCACAUAUUUCAGCGCUGCAGUGCAGAAACGUUGAUGUUUUCGCCGCACUCGAUUGAGAGAUUCCCGCGAAGGUUCAUGUGUCGUUUUGGUUUUCACUCUUGCCGGUUCGAAGUAUUUACACCAAAAUGUCGCUAAAUUUCAACUACGGCGACGAUUUAGACGGUACAUUCAGCGAAGAAAAGGAAAACGAAUUGAGCACCAAAGAGUAUAUCGUAUUUCUCAUCGAUGGAACGCCGCAAAUGUACGAAAACGAUUCGCCGUUUCUACGGAGCCUCGAGACCUACAGAAACAUCGUCAGAACAAAGUGUUCCCGUAACAGGAGGGAUAAGUUAGGAGUUAUGGUUUUCGGGACAAAGGAUAAAAAUUGCGACGUUGAGCAUCUUACGGUACUGCAGGAGUUCGAUGUAGUAACGGUUGAUACCUUGAAAACAGUUCAAACUAUACUGAAAGAUGAAGCAAAUAAAUACAAGGAAAUGGCAUCCGUUGCAAAAUAUUCUCUAUACAAUGUUUUGACUCAUGCCUAUCAGACACUGUUAACUUCUGGAUCGAGUUUGAAAACUUCUAAUACCAUUGUACUGUGUACUUGCAAUGACAAUCCUUGCGCUGAGGAUUCCUCAGAACGUAGACGAAUUCAGCAUCUCAUAGCAACGUUUAAGGAUACCAAGACUCGAUUACAAGUCAUUGGACUUUCAAAAUCAUGGAAUGAUGAAUAUUACAAAGACCUACAAAUCAUUGCUGGCACCUUCAGUGAUGAUUUCGAUUACAGAAGACUCAAGUUGAAUGAUUUUGAACAGAUUGUUCUGAAUCCUGCUAAAAGUAUUUGCAAGUUGCCUUGGAAAAUCACUCCGGAUAUUGCUGUGGAAGUGUCUGUUUACAAUUUGGUUUCAACUCCAACGUACCCUACUAAAGUAAAGUUAGAAAAAGGUGAGAAUGAAAUAUUGGAUGCCGUUCCUCUUCUGCAAGAGAAAAGAUCAGAAUCAGAUUUUCUGAAUAGCGGCCCAACAGAUUUUGUUGAAAAUGCAAAUGAUGGAGAUGAUAAACAAAUCAUAACAAGUCACAAUAUUAUGUAUUGUAAAACUUACAGCGAUGUCACUGUGUACUUUAAACCUGAGGAAGUUAAGCAAAUAAAAAAUUUAGGUUUAGAACCAGGCAUUCAGAUAUUGGCAUUUAGAAAAGUAGUUGUUGAUCCACUGUAUCACGUUGAGUCACCAUACUUUAUUUCUUAUACUUCUUUAAGUAGCUAUGAAAGUAAAACUUUCUUUAGAGCUUUUGUCAGCAAGUGCUACGAUAGAAAGGUGAUGGCAAUAUGCAAAGUGGUCACAAAAAUAGCAGUAAAAAUAUGCGCGAUGAUUCCAAGCAGAACAGACGGCGGAUUUUACAUGUAUAAACUUCCAUUCAUUGAUACUGUUCGAGAACUUGACAAGCAAUUGCCACACUUUGUAUUCAAUCCUGACAAUCCAUGUAAGAUGAAUAAAAAAGCAAUAAAUUUGUUCGAAGAGCUUAUGGAACUAACAAAAGUGAAAUUUGAUAUAAAAAAUUUUACUAAUCCUAAACUUGAAAAAUGCAUUGCGCACAUAGAAGCAUUAGCUUUGGAUGAGAAGUUGGGUUCACUGCCUCCAGACAGUACACUCCCCCCACCUCUUAAAGAUGAAACAAAAAUGUAUGUGGAAGAAUUAACAAGAUUGUUAGAUUUAAGUUCUGAAGAAGAAGCACAAAAACGACCGGGUUCACAGGCAACUGCCGCGAGAAAAAGGCCAAGAUUUGAUGUAGAAGAGAUGGCUUCGAAAAGAGCGCUUGCAAGUUUGACCGUAGCAGAUUUACGAGAGUAUCUCGUGAGUGCCAAUCAACCAACGGUUGGAAUCAAGUCUGUUCUUAUUCAACGAAUAUACGAUUAUUUAAGAUUGUGAUCAGGUAAUAUCGUUAAUCAUUCAAUAGCAAGACCAACGUUUAUACCUCAAUCAAAAAGUCAAUUUACGCUCAUGGCUGUGCCAGAUCAAAACGACAGAGAUAUUGCACGAUACAUUUUUUAUCCGGUAAACAAAUAGUUUUACUGUAAGAACUGCAUGAAAUGUAAGUCUACACAGAGUUAUAAUACACGAAUUUCUAAUUAAAGAA